UCCAGCGAAGCGCUGCCUCCGCGGCGGAGGAGGGAGGGCGCCCGCGGCCGGAGCGCGCGGCCCAGCGUCACGGCGGCGGCGGCUCCUCCUCGGACCCCGGUGCUCGCCGCAGCGCCAAGCAGCCGGCCUCGGGGCGCGAGAGCCCCGCUCUGCGCCCCGCGUGCGUCUCUGCCGCUCCCGCCUCGGGCCGGCCGAGGCGCAGGGAGCCCGAGCGAUGCUGCGCCGCUCCUCGCCCGCGCGGGCCCCGGCUGCCUGGCUGCUGCUGGCCGGGCUGCUGUGCGGAGGCGGGGUCUGGGCCUCACGAGUUAACAAGCAUAAGCCAUGGCUUGAACCCACCUAUCAUGGUAUCAUUACAGAAAAUGAUAACACAGUGCUCCUUGACCCCCCGCUGAUCGCCGUGGAUAAAGAUGCACCUAUGCACUUCGCAGAGAGUUUUGAGGUGACAGUCACCAAAGAAGGUGAGAUUUGUGGAUUUAAAAUUCAUGGGCAGAAUGUCCCCUUUGAUGCAGUGGUAGUGGAUAAAACCACUGGUGAGGGACUGAUUCGCUCCAAAGAGAAACUGGACUGUGAGCUGCAGAAAGACUACACGUUCACCAUCCAGGCCUACGACUGUGGGAAGGGGCCCGAUGGCACCAGCGUGAAGAAGUCUCAUAAAGCAACUGUCCACAUUCAGGUGAAUGAUGUGAAUGAGUAUGCACCUGUUUUCAAGGAGAAGUCCUACAAGGCGACAGUCAUCGAGGGGAAGCAGUAUGACAGCAUCCUGAGAGUGGAGGCGGUGGACGCGGACUGCUCCCCCCAGUUCAGCCAGAUUUGCACCUAUGAGGUUGUCACCCCAGAUGUGCCAUUUACUAUUGACAAAGACGGAUAUAUAAAAAACACAGAGAAGUUGAACUAUGGAAAAGAACAUCAGUACAAGCUGACGGUCACUGCCUAUGAUUGUGGAAAGAAAAGAGCCACAGAAGAUGUUUUGGUAAAGAUCAGCAUCAAGCCCACCUGCACCCCUGGGUGGCAAGGAUGGAACAAUAGGAUUGAGUAUGAACCUGGCAGUGGCGCUUUGUCCCUCUUCCCCAACGUCCGUCUGGAGACAUGUGACGAGCCUGUUGCUUCCGUCCAGGCCACAGUGGAGCUUGAGACCAGCCAUAUAGGAAAAGGCUGUGACCGUGACACCUACUCUGAGAAGUCCCUUCACCGGCUCUGCGGUGCUGCUUCUGGCACUGCUGAGCUGCUGCCCUCCCCGAGCAGCUCCCGGAACUGGACCACUGGCCUCCCCACUGACAAUGGCCAUGACAGCGACCAGGUCUUCGAGUUCAAUGGCACGCAGGCAGUGAGGAUCCCAGACGGCAUCGUUUCAGUCAACCCGAAAGAGCCUUUUAUGAUUUCUGUGUGGAUGCGGCACGGGCCUUUUGGCAGGAAGAAAGAGACCAUUCUUUGCAGUUCAGACAAAACAGAUAUGAACCGGCACCGUUAUUCACUCUACGUCCAUGGUUGCCGGCUCAUUUUCCUCCUCCGUCAGGAUCCUUCAGAGGAGAAGAAAUACAAGCCUGCAGAAUUCCACUGGAAGCUGAAUCAGGUCUGCGAUGAGGAAUGGCACCACUAUGUCCUCAAUGUGGAAUUCCCAAGUGUGACUCUCUACUUGGAUGGUGUUUCUCAUGAGCCCUUCUCUGUGAUGGAGGAUUACCCACUUCAUCCAUCCAAGAUAGAGACUCAGCUCGUGGUUGGAGCUUGUUGGCAAGAGUAUUCAGGACAUGAGAAUGACAAUGAGACUGAGCCUGUGGCUGUGACCUCUGCAGGUGGCGACCUGCACAUGACCCAGUUUUUCCGAGGUAAUCUGGCUGGCCUAACAAUCCGUUCUGGGAAACUUGCGGAUAAGAAGGUGAUUGAUUGUCUGUAUACCUGCAAAGAGGGGCUGGACCUGCAAGUCCCCGAAGACAGCGGCAAAGGCGUGAAGAUCCAAGCAAACCCCAGUCAGUCCAUGCUGACCUUGGAGGGAGAGGAUAUUGGGGAGUUGGAUAAGGCCAUGCAGCACAUUUCCUACCUGAACUCACGCCAGUUCCCCACUCCUGGAAUCCGGAGACUCAAAAUCACCAGCACGGCCAAGUGUUUCAAUGAGGCUCCCUGCAUCUCCAUCCCCCCAGUGGAUGGCUACGUGAUGGUUUUGCAGCCAGAGGAGCCCAAGAUCAGCCUGAGUGGUGUCCACCAUUUUGCUCGGGCGGCAUCUGAAUUUGAAAGCUUGGAGGGAGUGUUCCUCUUCCCUGAGCUUCGAAUCAUUAGUACCAUCACAAGAGAAGUGGAGCCCGAACGGGAUGGUGAUGAGGACCCCACAGUUCAAGAGUCCCUGGUGUCUGAGGAGAUUGUGCAUGACCUGGAUACCUGUGAGGUCACCGUGGAGGGGGAGGAACUGAACCAAGAGCAGGAGAGCCUGGAAGUGGACAUGACACGCCUGCAGCAGAAGGGCAUUGAGAUGAGCAGAUCCGACCUGGGUGUGGUUUUCACAGGCGUGGACACCAUGGCCAGCUACGAAGAGGCGCUGCACCUGCUGCGCUACCGCAACUGGCAUACCAGGUCCUUGCUUGACCGCAAGUUCAAGCUCGUCUGCUCGGAGCUGAACGGCCGCUACAUCAGCAAUGAAUUCAAAGUGGAGGUGAACGUGAUCCACACAGCCAACCCCGUGGAGCACGCUAGCCACAUGGCCGCACAGCCGCAGUUUGUGCACCCCGAGCACCGCUCCUUCGUCGACCUGUCGGGGCACAACCUGGCCAGUCCCCAUCCUUUCGCAGUUGUCCCCAGUACCGCGACUGUCGUGAUCAUUGUGUGUGUCAGCUUCUUGGUUUUCAUGAUUAUCCUGGGAGUGUUCCGGAUCCGGGCCGCUCACCAGCGAACCAUGAGGGAUCAGGAUACGGGGAAAGAGAGCGAGAUGGACUGGGAUGACUCUGCCUUGACCAUCACCGUGAACCCUAUGGAGACUUAUGAGGACCAGCACAGCAGUGAGGAGGAGGAGGAAGAGGAGGAAGAGGAGGAGAGCGAGGAGGGCGAGGAGGAUGACGACAUUACCAGCGCAGAGUCAGAGAGCAGCGAGGAGGAGGAAGGGGGGCACGGGGACCAGGCGGGUGCCAGCAGGCAGCAGCAGCAGCUGGAAUGGGACGACUCCACCCUCAGCUACUGACCGCAGCAGCCCUGGCUUCUCCUUGGCCCUCUUUUCCGCUUCUGAAGACUUUGCCACCCCCACCCUACUCGUCCCAAGGAUCCACGAUGUAAAAAGUCAUUCGGCCAGUAGGUCUGCAGUUCCUCCCCAGUGCCCGUCGUCCACCCCGCUUGGUGUAUAGGACUUAGACACCCCUUCCUCUGCCUGGAUCUCGUCCAAGUUACGUGAGGAGCGACCCCCACGCCCUCAGCCGUCGUCUUGUUCUGCGUAGUGACCCACUGCGCUCAGACACGCACACAUGGUGUCCGCAGGCCCCGUCUAGCCUGUGAGGACGGACAUGGCUGCGCGCGCCUCCUGGAGCCGCACUGACGGACUUACUGACCAAGGGUAACAUUGCUCACUCCGACCUGGUAACCAGUUUUGUUUUUUCUUUUUUUAAAAAAAUUUUUAUUUUUUCCAAACUAGUGCAUGUAUAAAAUGGCGAAAUGGGGGUUGAUAUGUAGAUGAUUAACUGACUUUUUAAUAUUCUGUAAAUAAAUUGGAAUUCUAUUGUGUCGGUUGUGCUAAUGUAAUCAAGGACUGGAAUUUAAAGUGAAAUUCAGAUUCCUGCGUGCAGCGGAGACCCUCAUGGGCUCCCUGCUCUCACCGGCCUACCCACCCCGCCAGAACAAGGAGGAACCUGUCCCCCCACCCAGGUCCCCAGGUCCCGCAGGGGUCCAUGCCCUACUUGGUACAAUCCAGCCUCAGGUCUCCGAGUGUGGGUGGGGCAGCCUGCUGGGGGUCCAGGCUUCGUGUCCUGCUUGGCUGGGGAGACUGGCUGGGGGGCCCUUCUGUGGAGGCUGGACAUAGCCAAAAAAAAGCUCUUCUUUUUUGGGAUUCUCCCUAUUGCUAAUUUGGUGGAGGGGGUGGGGGUGGGAGUGCGUUGCUGGGAUCACCGGUCUGUUACACACUCCUUGUACAGUCAUCUGAACUCUUCUUGUGCAGCCUUGUUGUUUAUACUUAAUGUAUCUUUCUCUGCUGGUGACAUAAUGUAUAGAUGACACAAAUGGACAACCAUUGCCUGGACCAUUUGGGCACUUGGUCUGGGGACAGCAGCAGGCCUGAGCGAGCCGGACUCAGGACGGCCGAGGAGCAGAUGGGCUGCAAGGAGCCUCUCCAGACAAAAGCCACCGGCUAGAUUUUCCCCGGCAGUUGUUGCCCCUCCACCCUCCCCCGGAUGACCCUGCCCCAGGUGUCACACCAUAUCCAGUGGCAAGAAGGGAGAAGAGAGAACAGUCAGGACCUAAAACCCACAGGGCCACUUUUUUUUUUUUUCUAAUUUAAAUGUAAAAUUUUAGAUUUCUAAAACGGGGUGGAGUGGGCAGAUAAUUUUGAAUACUGUCCUGUGAUCAUAACUGCUAGUUUCUCAAGAAAACGGACGGUCAUCCUGUGCUCUUGUGUAGCCAUCCUCCAUACCCCGCCACCGUAGCUGCUGUCUAGACCACUGAUAACCUAACGUGGAGAGGGGACUGUGCUCAUGUGUCUGUAGCCACCAUGGGUGUCGCUCUUCAGAUGUGUAUAUUCAUGCUAGGUCAGAAAGUGUAUACGCUACAAUAAAGUUCUGGUUCUAACCACUUGGA